AUGUUCCAGAUUAAGAAGAUCUGCUGUAUUGGUGCCGGCUAUGUUGGCGGUCCUACUUGCAGCGUCAUUGCUCACAUGUGCCCUGACAUCAAAGUAACAGUGGUGGAUGUUAAUGAGACACGAAUUAAUGCAUGGAAUUCUGACACCCUCCCCAUCUACGAGCCAGGAUUAAAAGAAAUUGUUGAAUCUUGCAGAGGAAAAAACUUGUUCUACUCUACUGAUAUAGAUGGAGCCAUACAAGAGGCUGAUCUUGUCUUUAUUUCUGUAAAUACACCAACAAAGACUUAUGGAAUGGGCAAAGGUCGGGCUGCGGAUCUGAAAUACAUUGAGGCUUGUGCCCGUCGUAUUGUUCAGAACUCAAAUGGUUACAAAAUUGUGACCGAAAAGAGCACAGUGCCUGUAAGAGCAGCAGAGAGCAUUAGGAGGAUAUUUGAUGCCAACACAAAACCCAAUCUUAAUCUCCAGGUGCUCUCUAACCCAGAAUUUCUUGCUGAGGGAACAGCAAUUAAAGAUCUUAAGAAUCCUGACAGGGUGUUGAUUGGAGGAGACGAGACUCCUGAAGGGCAAAGAGCAGUGCAUGCGCUGAGUGCCGUUUAUGAGCAUUGGGUACCUGUUGAAAAAAUCAUCACAACCAAUACUUGGUCCUCUGAGCUUUCUAAAUUGGCUGCCAAUGCAUUUCUUGCUCAGAGGAUCAGCAGCAUUAAUUCCAUCAGUGCCUUGUGUGAAGCCACUGGAGCAGAUGUUGAAGAAGUGGCCAGAGCUAUUGGCAUGGACCAGAGAAUUGGAAACAAAUUUUUGAAAGCCAGUGUUGGCUUUGGUGGUAGCUGCUUCCAGAAAGACGUGUUGAACUUGGUUUACCUGUGUGAAGUUCUCAACUUGCAUGAAGUAGCGCGGUACUGGCAACAGGUUAUUGACAUGAAUGACUAUCAGAGAAGAAGGUUUACCUCCAGGAUCAUUGAUUGUCUCUUCAACACUGUAGCAGACAAAAAAAUUGCUGUCCUGGGAUUUGCAUUUAAGAAAGACACUGGGGACACAAGAGAGUCCUCCAGUAUUUAUAUUAGUAAAUACCUCAUGGAUGAAGGAGCGAAUCUGCACAUCUACGACCCCAAAGUACUUAAAGAACAGAUAAUCAUGGACUUAUCUCAGCCAGGGGUAGCAGAGGAUGAGAGAGUUGCAAAGCUGGUCCAUAUUUCUACAGACCCGUAUGCGGCCUGUGAGGGAGCUCAUGCCAUGGUGAUCUGCACUGAGUGGGACAUGUUUAAGGAAUUGGAUUUCCAUCGGAUCCAUUCGAAGAUGUUGAAGCCAGCAUUCAUAUUUGAUGGAAGAAGAGUUCUAGAUGAUCUCCAUGGAGAACUACAGAACAUCGGUUUCCAGGUACAGAAGGACUAUUUUAUAUAUUAG